AGGAGAGCGGCCUGUGGGAGGCCAGAGAGGUUGUGUUUGGAACCCAGGCUCAUGAUGAGCCUAAGAUAAAAAUGGCAUUGAUCCAUGCUGCUGCUAGAGGUCACUGACAUGGUGCCAUGGGGUCCCAUGGUAGAUUGGGGGUCCGGGGUGGGGGAAGCUGUCAAAACGCUGAUGAACACAGUUUAUGACAGACUCAGACGAGACCCAGGGAGGAAAGCUGCAAGCUGGCGCUGGGAGGUCGGCCUUGGUGUCUGCUGUUCAUUGCCAGGGUCCGAAGUUGGCUCUGUGUUUGUUCAACAGGAUGGAAAAAAAAACCAAAAACCGCGGGACAGCGCUGAGUGGAGGAGAUGCAUUCAGUCAAUGGGCAUGAAAAUGAAUUUUAGCUGCUUUGUGCAAAAACCCUAGGUGUGCGGACGAAAGAGAGCCAGGCAGAAGGUUACAACAGGUCAGGAAUAAAUAACCACCAGGCGGAGGAUCCAAGAUUCUGUCCUUCCUUUUGUUGGAUGAGGAGCGCCAGGCAAACGCGUCCACAAAGGCUUCGGAAGGAAGCGGCUCGCCCGUCCACACCCGGCUCCUGCCCCGGUGGUACAGGCAUGGAUGGGAAGAAAUGCAGUGUAUGGAUGUUCCUACCUCUUGUAUUUACUUUGUUUACUUCAGCUGGAUUGUGGAUAGUAUACUUCAUAGCUGUGGAAGAUGACAAAAUUUUACCAUUAAAUUCAGCUGAAAGGAAACCUGGUGUGAAGCAUGCACCAUAUAUAAGCAUUGCAGGUGAUGAUCCUCCUGCAAGCUGUGUGUUUAGUCAAGUUAUGAACAUGGCAGCCUUCCUAGCCCUUGUGGUAGCUGUUCUGCGCUUCAUACAACUGAAACCGAAGGUUUUAAACCCGUGGCUGAAUAUUAGUGGAUUGGUGGCUCUGUGUCUGGCUUCCUUCGGAAUGACCUUACUUGGUAAUUUUCAGCUCACAAAUGAUGAAGAAAUCCAUAACGUCGGAACUUCCUUGACCUUUGGAUUUGGCACAUUGACCUGCUGGAUCCAGGCUGCGCUGACACUCAAGGUCAACAUCAAGAAUGAAGGACGGAGAGUUGGAAUUCCACGGGUUAUUCUGUCGGCAUCUAUCACUCUCUGUGUGGUCCUCUACUUCAUCCUUAUGGCCCAAAGCAUCCACAUGUAUGCAGCCAGGGUCCAGUGGGGCCUGGUCAUGUGCUUCCUGUCUUAUUUUGGCACCUUUGCCGUGGAGUUCCGGCAUUACCGCUAUGAGAUUGUUUGCUCUGAGUACCAGGAGAAUUUCCUAAGCUUCUCAGAAAGCCUGUCAGAAGCUUCUGAAUAUCAGACUGACCAGGUGUAAACUAUCAGUUUUUCCUUGCUGGUGAGGUGGGUGUGACAGUGGGGGAGGGGCCAGUAGGACACACUCACAGGACUUGACAUAGAACCUCAUUUCACACAUACACACACACACACACACACACACAUACACACAUUCAUGGCCACAUUUGCCAAAUGAGCUUUUCAGGGCAAGUUAUUUCUUUAAUGAAAAAGCACAAGCCCUUAUGUGUCGAAAUACACGCUGUUACACUGAAAAUAUAUGCACGACAGAGCAAGAAGCUUGUGCAUGAUCACUUCUUAUCCGUCCCCUUCCCAGCACUCCCUCCUCUUCCCAUUCUCUCCACAUGUCUCAAGCACCCUACCGAGUAGGGCAGGCCAAAUGUUCCUUGGGAGUAAUGCCAACUCCCGACGUUGCCUUCAGGUCCAAAGGGCUUGGAACCAGCUCAUGAGGAAGUUAUGAAUCUGGCGCUAAUAUUCUUGAGUGGAUAAUAGUGUAUCAUAGAAUAGGACGGAAAUCGUAUUGAGAUGUGACCCUGUGUCGCCUGUGGAAAGGCAUAGUGAGAAGAACUUUCCCACGAAAGCCCCCUUCAUCGUUGUUCAGUGGUCAGCUGUGUGGAUCCCAGGAGAGAUAUAUGCCACAGACUGUGAGAGCAAAGCCCGCCGCCGUGAUCUGGACUUGAUGCACUGUGACUGAGAAUGAUUCCGAAAUGUGAAUAUGUGUAGGGACGUGGUCUACCAGGCCUGGAACAAGAUGGGGGCAGUGAAGGUAUGGUUUAGUGUUUGCUUUCAUAGUAUGCCAUGUACAAUGUUUUAUAUUUCAUAGUUUCUUUUAAGUAACUACCAUGAGUCUCUCUAAGCCUCAUGGAUAAAGAUGUAGACCAAAUGCAAGAGCUGAGCUUGCUUUGGGUUCAACCACGAUCAAAGAAAAACUGAGGUCACCUGCAGGCUUACGUUGGAAGCUAAGAAAAUAUCACAGAAAAAUGGAAAGAAAUAUGGAUGUGCAGAGGUAGUAAAAAGAGCUGCUGCUGGACAUUUAUCAAAGAUAGGCACCUUACAGUAUCUUGUUGCAAGUCCAAAUCAGGGGAGACUUUGUUAAUAUGUAUCUUUUGCUCAAAUUUAGUAGGGUUUUUUUUUUUGGAUUAAGGGCUUUUCAAAUUUGGAAUUUGUAGAAGCCAAUUAAAAGAAUACCCUUCCUAAAAACCAAAUUGACACAGCUGGCCCCCCUGUUAGCCAACCCGCAGUUCCCAGUUCCCACCUGCUGAGAGUUCAGAACUCAGACUGUAGGUGUGGGCUUUUGAGACUGUGCUUCAUGAAGAAGAGCAGAAUUCCAAAUUCAAACUGUGUUGGAGUGAGCCAAGUGGACAGACCCUCCAUGAGUGCACUUUCUUUCAAGAAAUCCCCAGAUUUACCCCAUAGAGGUCUGGGAUUACCUGGAAUAUAAUAUGAAAAACAUUUUUUAGGCUGGGUGUGGGGCUCACGCCUGUAAUCCCAGCACUUUGGGAGGCUGAGGCAGGCGGAUCACCUGAGGUUGGGAGCUCGAGACCAGCCUGACCAAUGUGAAGAAACCCUGUCUCUACUAAAAAAAAUACAAAAUUAGCCUGGCGUGGUGGCGCAUGCCUGUAAUCCUGGCUACUCAGGAGGCGGAGGCAGGAGAAUCACUUGAAGCCGGGAGGCAGGUUGCGGUGAGACGAGAUCACGCCAUUGCACUCCAGCCUGGGCAACAAGAGCUAAACUCCAUCUCAAAAAAAAAAAAAGAAAAACAUUUUUUAAUUCAACCCAAAGUCUGAAUUUCUUGAGGAAAAGGUCCAUGUCUUUUCAUCUCUGUAUUGUUCCCCACCUCUUAACACAGUGCCUGGCACAUACUAGGUGCUCAAUAAAUGUCUGUUGAAUAGAAUUAUUGAUAAUUUAAGAGUAGGAAAAAGGAGUGUCAGAGAGAGACUCAAAGAUGAGUGAGAGAGCAUGGAAGAUGGCUGUUUCAUGUGAGACAGGAAUGGAAGAAGUUAUGAAUAGGGAUCAGAUGGGGGAGUGAGAAUCCCUGUAAGUAAAAUGUGAGGAAAAGAACAAGCUGAGAACAAGAUUCUCCUGUCAAAAAGGCGUCUUACUGUAAAUAGUCCAAGGUGACAUUUGUUAGUUUUGAAUACUGCUUUUGGGUUUCUUUUUUUCAUUUUUAUAUUUUAAAAUUUUUAUCAAAGAACAAAGACUUAUGUAGUUUUCUUUUAUUCUACACAAUCCAAAUUAAACAGCUUUUGGUGAUGCAAUUGUACACUUUCUUAAGAAUAUAUCUAAUACCACAUUUUAGCAGAACCAAGCAAUGACUGACAUUAUUCAUUGGGAUCUGGCCACUAAAUAAAAUUCUUUUAUGCAUAA